AUGAGUGAAGAAAGCAAGGUCUACAAGUUGAGAAAAGCCUUGUAUGGGUCAAAGCAGGCGCCUAGGGCUUGGUACAGUCGAAUUGAGGGCUAUUUCAUGAAGGAAAAGUUCGAGAAGUGUUACUAUGAACAUACUCUGUUCGUGAAGAAGGAGGGAGAUAGCAUUCUGAUAGUGAGCCUUUACGUUGAUGAUCUGAUUUACACUGGGAACUCACUGACGAUGCUAGAAGAGUUCAAGCAGUCGAUGAUGAAGGAGUUUGCAAUGACAGACCUUGGAAAGAUGAAGUUUUUCCUUGGAGUUGAGGUUAUUCAAGAUGGAAGAGGAAUUUUCAUCAAUCAACAAAAAUAUGCAGAAGAAACUCUGAAGAAGUAUGGAAUGGAGGGUUGUAAUGCAGUGAAGAAUCCCAUUGUCCCUGGGAAUAAACUUUCAAGAGCUGGAGGAGGAGACGCAGCCGACCCCACAAUGUUCAAACAGUUGGUUGGAAGCUUGAGGUACUUGACUGCUACUAGACCAGAUCUUAUUUACUCUGUGAAUUUGGUUAGUAGAUAUAUGGAGAAUCCGAAUGAGCAGCAUUUGUUGGCUGCAAAACGUAUUCUGAGAUACGUACAAGGAACUUGUGGGUUUGGCAUUCGUUACAAACAAGGAGAAGGAGAAAAGCUUGUGGGUUUCGUGGACAGUGACUAUGCAGGUGACGUUGAUGACCGGAAGAGUACCUCUGGUUACGUCUUCAUGCUCGGAGGAGGAGCAGUAUCGUGGGCAUCGAAGAAGCAACCAAUCGUAACUCUCUCCACGACAGAGGCUGAGUUCGUUGCUGCAGCUUACGGAGCUUGUCAAGCUAUGUGGUUGAGAAACAUACUUGGAGAGAUCGGUUGGGCACAAGAAGAAGGUACAACUCUGUUCUGUGAUAACAGUUCCACCAUCAAGUUGUCAAAGAAUCCAGUGCUACAUGGAAGAAGCAAGCACAUACAUGUGAGGUACUACUUUCUGCGUGAUUUGGUGAAUGAGGAAGUUAUCUUGCUGAAGUUUUGUGGAACAGAGGAUCAGUUGUCUGACAUCAUGACAAAGGCGGUAAAAUUGGAAGUGUUCGAGAGACUUAGGAGAAGGAUGGAAGUAUGCUUCAAAGAUGAGUAA